AUGAAUGACAUCCUUCGAAAGAAAGUCUCCAAAGAACGAAUCACCUACUUAAUCUUGAUUCUCAUAACCAUUCUCGCAAUGGUAGCGGCAGUCCUCAAACUUUCCAAAUGGCUCCAGAGAUGCUUGCAAUUGAAGAAAUGGAUUCUCGAUUGCCAAAUGCCUCUCGAACGCAUUGAACCUUUCAUUGUGGAGGGACAAGUCUGUCCACCUUUCUGCAUCCAACCUCUUCAUGAAGAGGGUUGUAACUCGAGAAAACUAUUCGUAAAUUCCGAGCAAAAGAAACAUCAUGAUCCUACUUCUGUAGAGGACAAAUCUUCCCUCAUGAUGUUGGGUGAACGAGUGGUCAUCAUUGGAGGUUCCAUUGCUGGCUUGCUGAGUGCCAGUUGCUUAUCACCCUUCUUUAAGGAAGUGGUCCUGAUUGAGCGAUCCAAAUAUGAGGAAGGUGAAUCCGUCGUGAAACAUCGGCACGGUGAUUUACCUCAUAUUCUCGUGAAUCGAGGUCAGAGUGUCUUGGAUCGACUAUUUCCAGGUAUUAUUCAAGAGGUGAGAAGGAAAUCAGCUCAACUAUGGUCGCCUCAAACAACACCAUCAUCUCAACAAGACCACCACCAACAACAACAAGAAGAAGAAGAGAAAACACCAUUGGAAACAAGAGUUUAUGAGACACAUCCUCCUCCUCCUCGUCCAAAUCUUGAAGACAAGUUUCAACCCAAACAGCAAGAUUCAUCAUCUCCACCAACAAGUGAUCGAGUGCUGCUCAACAACCACUUGGAGUCGACUCGUCCUCGUCCUCCUCGAUUUGUCAUGAAGAAUUAUUUCAACGCCUCCCAACACUUGAAACUCAUCUACUCGGAAAACUCUCAACCUCUGAAACGAGUCCCGGACGGAAAUCAUGAGGUUACUAUUGUGUCGAGGGGAAUGUGGGAGAGUACCAUUCGAGAGUAUGUGUUUAAGGGAGCGAGGAAUAUCAAAGUCUAUGAUGGUUAUCAGGUCCUUUCGAAUGGAAAGGGAAUUAAGGUGAGAGUGGAACCGAGAGGAAGAAGUGAAAAAGAAGGAACUGCUUGUUGUUGGAGGAGUACCAAGUUGUCGUCUAAUGCUAAUUCUUCAUCCUCUUCGGUGAGCACGGAUCAACAACAACAACAACCCCCAAUGCCCCAAUCAAUCUCUGAUUCUCAGCCACAACAGUACAAUGUCCAAGUCUGUGGAGUGAUCAUGAAGAAAGUGGAAACAUCAGGAGGUGGAGGAACCACUCGUCAUCAUCAUGUACAUUCCACUCAUACCACAUCCAAUUCCUCAACAACAACAUCACCACCAACGACAAACAAUGACACUCUGAAACAUACAAACAGCCAUGAUCAUCAUGACGACGAUACAAUCGAGCUGGAUUGUGAUCUUUUAGUGAAUUGUGGAGGUAUUCAGACUUCCACCGAAUUUUCCAAAUUGCUUCGAGGUGUCGAACAAAUCAUGAUACGAGCAACUGUGGAUCCUUCAUUACAGAGAUCUGAUGAUGGUCUCCUUGGGAUAGAGGGACAUAAAUCAACAAUUGAAGAUGAAUCCUCUCUUCCUCAACAUUUACUCUUCUCUUCACGAAUUAACAAUAAGGUUCGAUAUCACUGUUUUUAUUUUGAACCCAAUGAAGAAGCUUUUGAUUUGUUGGAGAAGGGAAUUCCAGGAAAGUUACUGCGUUCACCAGUGACGAUUGUACGUGAUGAUGAUAAGCAUGAUGAUAAGGAGGAGGAUGCUUUUGCUUCAUCUCACUCUUUUUCUUCACAGGAUGACCAUGAUCAUGGUGGAUGGAACGAAAUAGACCACAACCAGAAACGCAACUAUUAUGCCUUUUAUCAUCUCUUAACGUAUCCACAAACGAAAGGAGUCUUGUGCAUACCCAUGGAGAGGAAUAUGUUCAUGAUCAAUCUCAUAACCAUUGCCGACGCUGAGAAGGAAAACAAUCGAAGAAUAUCAGAAGGAUUGACCUUACAGAAUGCCAAAGAACGAAUCAUUGAAUACUUUGCCAAAGGCUCACCAUUCGAGAAGGAUCUCAUCAGUGUUUUGCAAUGUAUGAAGGAUCAACCUCUCCGAAUUCCUCCUCCCUACGAAAAAGAAGGAAACAUCUUUGUACAUUAUGACCAAUUCUUCCACUUUGAGAAUCCUGUGAAUCAUAACGAGACGUUUUUGAGUGGUUUUAUUGCCAUGGGAGACUCGGUGAGUUCCAUGAAUCCAGUCUAUGCUCAGGGAAUGACCAUAUGUCUGGAAUCGGCACUCAUUCUGAGAGAGGCCAUUAAGGAAUUGGUUCUUCAACAACGAAAGCAAGGAUCUGAAGCGAACAAACUUGUUUCAUCUCUGCCUCGAGAAGAUGAACAUCACCCCAAUGGCGAAUCACAUCACUCUCUCAUCACCUUGGAGAAGAAUCCGACCAGCAGUAGUACUACUCACUCUCUGCAUUCAAAGAGUUCCAGAGUCUUUGACUAUGAAUUUUGUUCAAAUUUUCAACAAGCCAUUCACUACAUGUUGUUCAUUCCGUGGCUCAUGACCUCGUCGGAUGAUAUUCGAUAUUGUGACACAGAGAUUCCAGAUCGGCUACCAAAGGCUUCCUCCAAGUCGUCGCAACGAACUUUCCACAAUAACACUCCGAAGAGCUACUCGAGAAGUUGUCGAUGGCAAAAGUACAUGAUAGCUCCCCUAUUGGAUCUCAUGUUGUAUCGCAUCUUUUCUUCUGGAAGCACCACAGAGAUUGUUGCGAAUUACUUUUAUACUAUUCUUAAUAUGCAAGAUGGUUUCAGGUAUGCUUUUGGAAACGUAUUUAUACUGUUGAGAUUUGUGUUCAAAAGACAAUGUUUACUGAUGGGAUCCCUGUUGUUGAUCUUGUUGAUGGUUGGAGCGUUUGGCUUUAUUUUCCUCUUUGUAGCGGGCAAUACAAUGCCAGAACUUGAUCUCAUCAUUCAAGAAGCCCAAGGGCAGAUUGGACAACUUCAAUCCCGUCUUCAGGGAUGCCUCGGUACUGAUGUCUCCAUUGUUGUGGAUUGGGCUACCUUUGAACAAAAUAUUCAACAAGAUCUCCUUCCUUUCUCAUACGAAGUCUUGUGCUCGUGGAAUGGAUUCUUGGUUCUCGGUAAAAUUGUUGAUACUCUCCAAACGAUGAUUCAAGAGUAUGGAGGAAAUGCCCGUGAAGUCAUUGCUCGCCAAUUGGCUCAAGUUAGACUUCAAUGUAUUGCUGUUCCACCACCAAAACCAGUCGGAAAAGAAUUAACCACAGCAGAGAAACACAAACAAAAACUGGAAGAAGCUGAGAAUCCAACCAAACCAACCAUUACUUUGAAGGAUGGAGCAAUGACAAUUUCUGUUCAGUUAGGUUUGGGUGCCGCCGGUGUUCCAAGUUAUUCCUAUGUGAGUGAGACUCUGAACGCCUUGUUCGGAGUGAGUGCAUCCUAUUUUAAGCAGGUUUUGGAGGAUCGUAUUGCCAAGACUAAGGAGGAAAUCAAGAGAGAAGUCGACGAUCCAAACUUUGAUAUUGAAAUUGUUUUUGAUUGGCAAAGUUUCCAAAACGCUGGAAAUAUGGACUCUGCUUUGAAUAAUAUGGCUCGUUGGGAUUGUUGGUACUCCCUUCAAACAUUGCCUCGUGCUUUCAGAUGGGCCAAGUCCGAUUAUCCAGUCACACAUGAACGAUUGAAGAAAUCUCUCAAGAGAGUUGUGUUUUCCAAUGCCGAGGAUGACGGUGUUGAGAAGAGAUAUUGGCACAGCUAUGCCAUGUUGACCAAUGGAACAUUGGAAAUGAGAGGUGUUUACAGAGAAUAUUGGGGUUAUAUUUACAGCUACGAUGUAACACGAGCAGUUGCUUAUGGAUGCAUCCUCGACGAGGCUGAUCAAGCUUUUGAAAAUAAUGAAACUCUAGAUAAUGAGAAAUUGGACAUUUUGGUUCGUGCUGUUCGCGAAAUUUGUUCCUCUAGUGCAGUCAGAUAUGGAAACUUGAAGCCACUCAUUGAACUCUCAAAGAGAAAAUGCUUCCCUCAAUUGGACGAAAUCGAUCAAGAAGCUGUUGAAAUUUGCUUGAAAACAUACUAUAAGGAAGUCAUGUGUAAGAGUAACAAGAAGGAUGAAAAGAAGGAUAAAAAAGAUAAGAAGGAAGAAAAGAAGGAAGAUGAUGACGAAGAUGGAGAUGAACCUAUCCACGAAGAAGAGGAAGGCGAAGAGAAACAAGAAUACAACGAGGACGCACCAUUCCCAGAGACAGUCAUUAAGGCCUACUCGAUCAACAAGACUAACUUUAGAGGACAAGUACAAACUCGUCUCGCUGUUAUUACCAACAAGGCUCUUUACACAUUUGCCUUUGACUACAAGAAGAAGGAACUCAUCAAGAGAAGAGCUCACCGUUAUGUUUAUAACAACAUUUACUCCACUAGAUAUGGCCCUCUCAGAGAAGACAACAUUCAAGUGGUCGGAGGUGCUGCGGGCGCUAUUGCAAACGCUGCUCAAGACUUGAUGAAGGAUUUGUCAAACUAUGGUCUCAAGAUUUAUACCAAUAUCAUUACAUCCAUGAAGGAAAGAAUGACAGAAAAGGCCAUUUCAAAGGCAGUCAAAAAGUUUGUUUUCAAGAUUUUGAAAUUCCUUGUUGAAGAUGUUCUUACAAAGGCCAUCGGAACUGAAAAGGAACCUGUUGUUGAUAUUCCUGGUUUGCCAAAAUUCAACAGCCCUGGAUUCUUGCUUAGAACAGCUGCCACCAGUUUGUACAAAGACAAGGUUGAUACCCAAGUCAGCGUGAAUGGUCUUCCACAAGCCAAUGUGGCCCAUUCCUUGGAGGUUGCUUCUGAAAUGUUUGACACACUCUCAGAGACUGUUGAAUUGGAUCUUCCAAACUUGCCUAACAUGAAGCUAACUAAUUUGCUUCUUCAAAUUUGUGAAAUUUUGGAGCAGUACAAUGACGAUAUGGAUUUGGAAAUUCCAAGUUCUAUUACCAUCAGUUCUCUCAUCAGAAGUAUCAACCAUGCUGUCUACAACUUGGAACAAUCUGGUAAAACACCUACUCUCGAAUUUGAACAACCAAAGGAGUUGCCCUAUCAAGACAUGAUGGCCUUGUUGAAGGGAGCUUUGGAAAAUUACAAGAAUAAGACUGAAUUUGACAAUACUGCAGUUAAGAAUUUGGCCACUGGUGAGACAUUCCCCAAGUUGCCUGACCUUAUUGAACAAUUGAGCUCUGUUGCAGUUCCUCAUAUCAAAUUUGAUCCAUAUCCACCAGUACUUGUCGCUGCUAUUUUGAAGGCCAUUGCUGGUUACCUUGGUAAAUACAACUUGCCAGGUCUUAACUUGCUUGAAUUGAAGAUUCCAGGUCUAAGUUUACCAGGCUUGCCAAGAAUCAGUUUACCAGGUCCACCAUUGCCAGGAAUUCUUUCCAAACUCAAGCCUCCAAGUGAACCUUCAAGAGAAGAGUUUAUUGUUCAAGUCAACAAUCCAAAUAAGGCGUUGUCUAAGUUCUUGAGUGCUCAAUUCUGUUAUCUGAUCUAUGGUGCGCAAUCGAGUUCAUUGUAUCCUUAUUGGCCUUGGAGUCCAUGGGAAACCAGUUAUAUCUCUGUUCCUGUUUCUGUUGUGUCAAUGAUUUACAACAAAUCAGGAGGAAAAGGAAACAAGGACAAGGCUGAAAAGAAGUAA